UGCCUCGGCUUUACGGGGCGUCGGACAACGCAGGCCGGCGAGGAGUUCCCUUCAAGAGCCGCAGACGCGACUCGGAAGCCAUAGCGGCCGCAGCUACAACGGCAGAAGGAUGGCUCGCUCGUCUGCUACCGGCGAGGCACUCCUCGCGGUCCUACUGGUCGUGGUCCUAGCGGGCGUCGUCAGCGCUCAGCACCACUACUACCACCAGCCCCAGGGCCGCCCAUCACCCCGAGGCUCAUGCUACGACCGAUACAACCGCGCCCAGCGCUGCAUACCGGAGUUCAUCAACGCGGCGUUCAACGUGCGCGUCGAGGCGACCAACACGUGCGGCCUGCGCGGCCCCACCAAGUACUGCCCACAGACGGACGUGCCCGGCGCCACCAAGACAUGCGAGGUCUGCGACGACACCAAACCGCACCUGGCACACCCGCCCGACUUCCUGACCGACUUUAACAACAACGACAACACGACCUGGUGGCAGAGCGAGACCAUGCUCGAGGGCAUCCAGUACCCGAACCUGGUCAACCUGACUCUGGACCUCGGACGCGCCUUUGACAUCACGUACAUUCGGCUCAAGUUUCACUCGAUGCGGCCCGAGAGCUUCGCCAUCUACAAGCGUACGCGGCCGGGCUCUCCGUGGGUGCCGUACCAGUACUACAGCUCAACGUGCCACGACACGUACGGCCUGCAGUCGAGCACCUACGCGACGCGCGACGACGAGACCAAGGCGCUGUGCACGGGCGAGUACAGCGGCCUGUCCCCGCUGUCCGGAGGCAACGUGGCCUUCUCGACGCUCGAGGGACGACCGUCGGCCUUCCACUUCGAACACAGCAAGCUACUGCAGGAAUGGGUAACAGCCACCGCCAUCCGCAUCGUGCUCACUCGACUCAACACGUUUGGUGACGAGAUAUUCGGCGACAAGCAGGUGCUGAGAUCAUACUACUACGCCAUCGCGGACUUGGCCGUUGGAGGAAGGUGCCAGUGCAAUGGCCACGCCAUGGCCUGCGACCCGGGACCUGGCGGUGAGCGACAGCUGCUGUGCCGCUGCGAGCACAACACGGCCGGCGACAACUGCGAGCGCUGCAUGGAUCUCUUCAACGACCAGGCUUGGGGCAGGGCCACCUCCACCGACGCCCACGAGUGUCAGCCGUGCAACUGCAACGGCCGGUCGCGCAAGUGCUACUUCGAUCAGGAGCUCUUCGAGCGCACGGGUCAUGGCGGCCACUGCGUCAACUGCUCGGACAACACGGACGGCCCGAACUGCGAGCGCUGCCGCGAGAACUACUACCAGAACAGUGACGGCCGCUGCAUACCAUGCGAGUGUGACCCUGUCGGCUCCCGGAUGCUCCAGUGCAACAGUAAGGGCCAGUGUCCUUGCAAGCCGGGCGUCGAAGGGCAUCGUUGUGACCGAUGUGCUCCAAACUUCUACGAUUUCUCUGAGCAAGGAUGCAGGUUGUGCGGCUGCAGCCAAGCAGGCAGCGUGGACAGCCCGCCAUCGUGCAACCCAGACACUGGCGUGUGCCGCUGCAAGGCCAACGUUGAGGGGCGCCAGUGCGACCGCUGCAAACCCGGCUUCUUCAACCUUCAGCGCGACAACGAAUUCGGCUGCACACCGUGCUUCUGCUUCGGCCACUCAGCGCUCUGCCAGAGCGCGCCCGGUUAUUCGCGGUACAGCCUGCUCAGCGCUUUCGCCAGAGAUAAGGAGCACUGGAAGGCGGCGGACUCUCUUGGCCGCAGUGUAAACACCCGCCACGAGUACGCCGCCCACCACUUGGCUGUGGUGGCACCCGGAAAGGAACCAGUCUACUUCCUCGCACCAGACCGGUACCUGGGCGACCAGCGUGCCUCAUACAACCAGAACCUGACGUUCACCUUGCGUAUCGGCGAGGAAGGACCGCAGUCAUCGGUGGAAGACAUCGUACUGGAAGGGGCGCACGGCAGCGUGUCGCAGCACAUUUUCGGCCAGGGCAACGGGUUACCAUCCAUACGUAACCAGGAGUACCGCUUUCGUCUGCACGAGGACCCUCGAUACGGCUGGAACCCAACACUCAGUUCGCGGGAGUUCAUCAGCAUCCUCUCCAACCUCACUGCCAUCCGGAUAAGGGCUACAUAUGUGCCACGAGGCACCGGCUUCAUCGACAACAUCCAACUGCAGUCGGCGCAGCGUUCCCCUUACGGCACUGAGGCUGCCACCUGGGUCGAGAUGUGCAAUUGCCCCGAGGGAUACGUGGGCCAGUUCUGCGAGUCCUGCGCGCCCGGAUUUCGGCACGACCCACCUCGCGGGGGGAAAUUCUCCCGCUGCGUGCCGUGCAACUGCAAUGGGCACGCGCUCAUCUGUGAACCGGACACCGGGCACUGCAUCUGCCAGCAUAACACGGCGGGCGAGUUUUGUGAGCGUUGCGCACCGCGCUACUACGGCAACGCGCUGGCGGGCACCCCGGACGACUGCAAGCCGUGUCCGUGCCCCGACCAGGGCGCCUGCGCCGUCCUGCCCGACGAGAGUGUCGUCUGCCUCGAGUGCCCGCAGGGAUAUUCUGGAAGGAGAUGCGACUUGUGCUUCGACGGGCACUAUGGUGACCCGCAGGGAAACUUUGGACCCAAGGUGCCUUGUAAGAAAUGCGACUGCAACGACAACAUUGACCCCAACGCUGUGGCCAACUGCAACACGACUACUGGCGAGUGUCUGAAGUGCGUGUACAACACGACCGGCUUCAACUGUGAGCGCUGUUUGCCCGGGCACUUUGGAGAUGCGCUGUCCGUGCCCAAAGGAGACUGCAAGCCGUGUGACUGCCACCGGCUGGGCUCGCUGGAGGACACUGAGUGCGACCCACAGUCUGGCCAGUGCGCCUGCAAGGCGAAUGUGGCCGGCCGACAGUGCGGUCAGUGCCGCGAAGGCUACUGGAAUCUGCAGAGUGGAGAUGGCUGCGAGGCCUGCAACUGCAACCUGGUCGGCUCUUACAACCGCACCUGCGACCAGCGCACGGGACACUGCCACUGCCGACCGGGUGUCACCGGAAAGCAGUGCGACCAGUGCCUGCCGUACCACUACGGAUUCUCGCCCGAUGGUUGCGUGCCAUGCGACUGCGACAGCCAGGGCUCGGUGUCACUGCAGUGUGCCCCCGACGGUCAGUGUGAGUGUCGACCGAACGUGGAAGGUCGCCGGUGCGAGCGAUGCAAGGAGAACAAGUACAACAAAGAGGCCGGAUGUGUCGACUGCCCGACGUGCUACAACCUUGUACAAGACGCAGUCAACGAACACCGCGACAAGGUGUCAGAGCUGGCGCGCCUGCUGAACAACAUCGAGAAGAAUCCUCAGAUUGUCAAGAGCGUCGACUUCGAGGAGAAGCUCGAGCAAGUGAUGACCAUCGUGAAUGGCUUGUGGAAAGACGCCAAGCAGGCAUCUGGCACCGGCGAAAGCCUGGCCGAGCGAUUGGAUGAGCUGCUGCGGCGCAUCAAGAAAGUUCAGGACAUCGCGGGCAAGAUCGGCCUCGAGAUCUCACUUGCCGAGAACAUCGUGGAGGGCGCCGAGCGAAACAUGACCAGCGCUGAGGCGAUCGUCGAGCGCAUCAAGGCCACCCUGAUGCAGGCGCAGAAGUACCUUGAGGAUGAGGCGCAGAACGCGCUAAAGAGGGCGCUCGAGCGAUCCGACCGAUACGGACAGCAGUCUGAGAUGAUGUCGCAGAUCGCGCGCGACGCGAGACAGCUGGCCGACAGGCAUGAAAGCGAUGCCCAGGAGAUUGCCAACUUGGCUGCGGAUGCACUCAACACUUCAUUGGAAGCACGAGCCAUCGCUGAAGGGGCACUCAGCACGCAAGAUAAGACAGAGAGUGAGAUAUACCUUCUCAAGAACAGGAUGCGUGAGAUCAUGGACCUGAUGCUGCGCACCAAGAAAAUGGCUGAGGAAGCGAGGGAGGAAGUUCGCAAGGCGUACGAUGAUGCCCUGCGGGUCCUGUCUGAAGCAACAUCGGUCCAGAUGCCGGAUAUCGACAUCGAUGAGCUCUCUCGCAGGGCGCAAGAAAUCAUCGACGAGGCCGCUCGUAUCCAGAAGGAAGCCGACGAAUUGCUGGACAAGCACCAUGCCGUCCUCGAGAGGGUGGGGCCACAACGUCAGGAUGCCGAGGACCUCCUCGCCGAAGCACAUCGCCAACAGCAGAUCACGGACGAACUGCUGGCUGAGGUGGACACAGCUUUCGCUAAAGCGAAAGAGGCAGCCGCCGAGGGUGAAAGGAUUCUUGAGGAAGCUCAGAACACGCUCAAGGUGCUCAAAGAAUUCGACGAGAACGUCAAGGCCAGCAAGGACAAGGCGUCGGCGGCACUGCAACGCGUGCCGGAGAUCCAAGUACUCAUCGAGGAGGCCGAGAACAAGACCAGGGAUGCCCGGGGUGCCCUCAAAGACGCCGAGGCAGACGCCAACGCUGCAAGCGACAUCGCAAAGGAGGCACAGAGGAUCGCCGAGCAGGCCUCAAAGGACGCGAUCAAUGUGCGCGACGAAGCGGACAACGCGAAGACGUCGGCACGCCAGCUUGGAGACGAAGCCGAAGACCUGGCGCGCAAGGUUGACGACACUGAUGCCCGCAUGCGCGAGUUCGAGAAACAGGCCCGUGAUGAUGAGGCACUUGCUAAGGAGGCCCUGGACAAAGCGAACGAAGCCAGGGCAGGUGCAAAGCAGGCCUCGGACAAGGUCAAAGAUGCUGUGGCCACGGUCACCGAGAUUCUCAGGGCUUUGGCCAACGUGGACAGCGUGGAUCCAGGCCGGCUGGACCAGCUGGAGCGUCGCCUGAUGGAGGCUGAGCGCGAGGCCGAAGCGGCGCGCCUGGACGAGCGAUUGGAAGAACUCCGUGCUGCGCGUCAGCAGCAGCAGGGCUGGAUGCACGAUUACGAGGCUCAGAUCGAGCAGCUGAAGAGGGACGUGGCCAACGUCAAGGAUAUCAGUGACUCGUUGCCUGACCGCUGCUUCCGGCGCAUCAAGCUUGAGCCAUGAGCAUUUGCACGGGGAAGGGCUUAAAAAGAAUGAACAAUAAGAGCGAGGGAAUAGUUCGCGGCUGGCGGAAUGGCAUGCUCUUGAGGAGGAAUUUUCGGGAAGAGACAUUCUCUUUGAAAACAGACUGUUUGUGUCUCGUACGUGGUCUUUUCUCGGCCUUUUCAUAAGUCAGACAAAAAAACAGAAAAGAUCAAGUACGUACAUGGAAGACACAUUUGGGUUUGGGUUUAAAGUGUUCAGUUGAGUUGUCUCUCUCGCCCCCUCUAGCGGAAUGCAGUGGAACUGCGUACUCCCAACGCUGCAGCUUCCACCCAUUAACACGCAUCAUGGCUACAAAAAAUUGUGAUCAUUUGGGAUGAAAAAGUACAUGUGUGACUCAUUACAUAAUUUAUGGGACCAAUCAGCUUCAGCAAGCUUGGGCGCGAUAUGAGACAUGAAGGUGUUGCACACGAAGUGCAUUAUGAACUUUGUGCAUUUUUCAUUAGUCGUAGUUACAAAAACUGACCAUUAGGCCACGAAUCAUCUUUCACACUAGUAAAAUAUUAGUGUGUAUCAGGCGGUAUAAGACAGUACUCCAAGCCUUGGUGAGAGGGGAGAGUCUCUUCCUGCGACCGUUGUUAUUGCGGCCUAUACUUGGUGCGUUAGCAAGGCAGGAAAGCAGGAAUACUCCUCACUUAUGUAGAGAAAAGACAUGCAAGUGUGUGUGCUUUAUGGAAACUGUUUCUUGGAACGAAAGACAGAGCGUUUUGAAGCAGUUAACGAGAAUGAAGGACUUGGCAAUGAGUAAAGAAAAUAUAAAGAGAUGUAUAGUUUCUUCUUCCUUUUUGGGGGGCCAUUGCAUGAAUAUGCAGUUUCAGAAAGCUAACGGAUCUUGAUCAGGGUUCUCCAGUGAUCUUUUAGUCUGACGUUCUUAGUUUAAACAAAAAUUAUCAUAGUGUAAGGGACCUCUGGCAUUCCCAGCAUGUUGAUAGGAACACAAGAGCUGUGAAUAUCAAACUGUCAUUUGUCAGUUAUGUCACCAACAUAUAUGUCUUGUUUGUUUUUAUGAUGCCAGGUAAGGAGCAAAAAGUUAAAGAAAACGAAUUUUUCACUAUCGAAUGACUGUUCAACAUGUGCAUUUCUUUUCGGACUAUCAGUUGUCAAUGAACUCUUCAGGCCCGUGAAGUGCACACAUCGUUCACAUAAUUUUAUUAAAAGGAAGUGGUAGACUAUGUUCUUUUCUUUUUUUAUAUUACAGGUUUCAUUGUACCAUAAAUUCCUGCAUUUUAACUGAAGUCCUCAAAAGUCGGUCGUUUUUCAUUCAUCUCAAGUCGCUUAGCAAACACACAAUGCGUAUCUCGGAUGCUUUUGUAAUACUUAGACAACAGUCUCCAGUAGAAGCAUUUUAUUUUCCCAUUUUGAAAACUGCAUUUGAACGGUUUUAUUUUUAUUAGGUUAUUGCAGUGGUCCUCCGCGCAAGCUGUGCAUAAUCAAUUGAAAACUAUUUGUGCCGUACACACACCCUUCGUGCGCGAAACUGCACCUUCCAAUGAAACACGCUUGCCACGUGGAAAGAGACACUUUUUCGAUGUGUCCAGCUGCAGUACGAAUAGACCACCACUAUGUUAUUAUUCUCUGCUUGCAUGGGCAGGUGAACAUCAUGUGUACAGAGUGCAAUAGUAUAUACUAAGAUUGUAGAAUGCAUCUCAUUUUUCUGUUUGUUCUUUGCAUUUUGUAUAACCUUUUGGAUAUAUUAAAAUUGUUUUUUACUUGUUACUCAAACAAAAAGUCACUUGAAAGAUCAAAAGUACUGGUUGUUUUGAGACUGCCACUGUGUGCUGAAUGCCAAACCAGUGCCAAAAGUAUGUGCCGUAUUUUUUUACGUCAUGUGUGCAUUUAAUAAAGAGCAAUUAAACCCGUUGUUUUGCA